GCUGGUGACCAGGUGGGUGGGGAAGGGGUUGUAACUUAAUAAGUACAAAAUUAUAAUGUUACCAAUGAUAAUAAAAAAUUUCACUUCUUACCAACAAGAGUAAGGGAUAUCUCAAGUAAUUAGAGCUUUACUCUUGAUUUCAAGAGAUCUUGGAACCGAUUUUCAUUACCGGGCCUUUUUUGAUUUACUGAAAAUAACUAAUCUGAUUGGAGCUGAAAUGAAUCGAACAAAUCCUAAUAAUACUGAACUGAUAUUAUUUUAAGUGAAUAUUAAUUUUUUUUUUAAAGGUAAACUAAACAUGGCCUUAGUCUAAAGCAAUUUCCAUAAGUAAGUCAAUAUUAUUAGCUUUCAAGCAUUAGGGUAGGGAACAUAGACCUCGACUUAGUUGACGCGGUGCAAAGGACGGUUAACUAGUUCAUCUUUGCCCCCUCACAUGCUUUUAAGCCAUACUAAAUUAUCUCUUAAACUGAAAUUGCACUCUCUUUUUUUUUUCAUGAGUUCAUCACAUAGCUUUCGAUACAAAAAUAAGCACAAAACGAUGUUGAAAGGGGAAUUUGGUUGGGGUAUAUCUUUCUUGCUAAUCGUUUUAGCAAUAUUGUCGUCUUUACCACACCAAACUAUAUGCCAAGAAGUUGCUUCGGUUUCUACCACAAAAAUAUCCCUUCCUGAUUGUCCUGACAAAUGCGGCGACGUUGCCAUCCCCUAUCCUUUCGGCAUAGGGGAUAAGUGCCACUACCAUCAUCUUAAAGACGGCGUAUUCUACAAUAUCACUUGCAACCACACUAGGGUCCCUCGUUUCCAACUUACGGAGGUGUCAAGGUAGUAAAAAUCACUCUAGAUGGCGAAUUCAGGGUAAGUAACUACAUUUCAUAUAUGUGUUUUGAUAAAAAUGGUAUGAUAACCCAAAAUACAACAUCGUGGAUUAGUGUCACAAGAUUUGCACUAUCGACAACCCAAAACAUAGCCGGCGCCAUUGGGUGCGAUACCAUGGCUGUGUUCUCUGGAACAAUGAUGAAUAGUACAACUGAGUUUCUGUCAGGGUGUAUAACGGGGUGCUUUAGCGAAUCAGAUGUGAGCAGUAAAUGCGAAGGCCUCGGAUGCUGCCAGGCCUCUAUUCCAGACGGAGUAUCCAACAUUACAUUAAAAGCUGGUACUAUCAUGAACCACACAUAUGUAGUAGAUUUCAACCCGUGCAGCGUUGCGUUUGUGGUGGCUAAGGAUCAUCUUCAACAAAGUCACUCCGAUGAAAUGCUCUUCACUAUUCAGUCUUUUCUAAAAAAAGAUGUCUCGCUUUACAAAGAUGCCAGCGAGUUGUUGUAUCCAGCGGUAUAUGAUUGGUCAAUUGGAACUAAAGAUUGCAAAAGCGCGAAAGCAGAAGGGGAGCAAUUGUUGUGCAAGGGUAACACCAAGUGUGUUGAUGACUUGCCGGGGCAAUGGGGUUACCGUUGCGAGUGCAAACCUGGAUUCACGGGUAUUAAUCCCUACCUUCAUGAUUGUCAAGAUAUUAAUGAGUGUGCGGACAAUGGUUUACAUAAUUGUGAAAAACAAGAGUAUUGUCACAACAACCCUGGAAGUUAUCGUUGUCAAUGUCCGCAAAGCUUCAAUGGCAAUGGCACAAAGGAAAGUCCUUGUGUUAGAAUCCAAAAGAAAGUAUUACUGCCAAUGGAAUCUAUAAUCAUACUUGCCAAAGCAGAGUUGUGCAGUUGGUGCCUUUGGAUGAUGGGAGAUGAUCAUUACGCUUGACCUACAAUAAUGGUUUACUUAAGGAUAAAAAAUAGAAUUUGGGAAAGAUACUCUACCUAAUGUUAGAAAAAGUUUGAGCUACAUCUAUAUUAUUUAAACAGUUAUAAAAGUGUAUGUAUGCAAGGUAUAAGAUAGGUUAAUA